AUGGCGCAACUACACCUGGCAGAAACCGAGCCUCAGCCUACCGAUACCGACGCCUUGUUGCAGAUCCAGCAUCGCCGGAAGAUUUUCUGGUGCGCCUACGCGAUUGAUCGAGCAGUUUGCAGCUCGUUUGAUUUUCCGACAUCUAUUCCAGACAAUCACAUAACAGUCGAUAUUGCAUGGCGCAAGAUCUUCGAGAAUAUCGACGACGAUCUACUCCUCGAGGUAGCCUCUUCUACACAACCAGGUACUCCCCUGCGCGGAUACUCUGGCCACACCAAUCUGUCGACAGCUCUCCACGUCCUGGUCGGCCGUCAGCUCGAGUCAGAAAUCCAGAACACAGUACUCGACAAGGCUUAUGUGCCACACUCUGAUGUGACCUUCACGUGGCGCAUCAAACUUAUGGAAAAGCUCAAAGAGUGGAACAAAGGGUUGGAGCUGUCGUGCAAGCCCACCCAACGGGGCUAUGUGAGUCCCGGAUGGCUCACGAUGAUUUAUUACUACAACAUCGUCAUGCUUUUCCGACCGACCAGACGAACAGCGCACGGAAUCUCGGGUGAUUGGUCCGUGCAGGCUUGUUGUCAUUCGUUGGUUCUAUUCCGGAGGUUCCAGAUGGCAAGGGAGAUUGCCCAGCCAUGGUUAGGGCUUCUUACGCAAUUUCAAAUCGGAGUCACCUUACUCUACUGCUUCUUUGCGACCCCGCCCUCACGGUGGAAGGACUCGUACACGUCACCCGACGUCUCUGACGCUAUCCGGGCCUGCUCCAGCACCUUGGCCAUCCUCGCAGAACGUUGGGCCGAGGCCGAAUGCAUUCGAGACACCUUUGAGCUCUUAGCGGGUGAAAUACCGAUCGGAUUGACAUGGGAGAGGCCGGCCAUGAUCAGCGCAGCUGCCAGGAAUGGGAUCGAGGAACACUGGGCGGGCUUAAGCAAAGUAGUUAUCCACCAACCCACGCUGAGGAUGGUUCGGGAGAUGGCGACGGAGCCUUUGGUGGCUGAUUUUGAGAUUCCAUCAGAGUCUGAACAUGACAAUUCUGUGACUGUCGAUAUUAUGAAUUCCUUGGAAGGCGUCACGCCUCCCAUGACAGAGGAGAUGCAUCGCCAGUGGGUGGCAGACCUUCAGGGCGGGUUGGGGGAGGGCUUUGACCCAGCACCAGAUCUGGACUUUUCAAAUAGGAUAUAUUUUAGCUUGUAG